GCGGUAGUUGUAGGUUGUUGUUGUUGUUGACGGUAAAAUGGCGUCUGGCGGAGAGGCCCCGGAGUCUUGGUACCUCGCCCUGCUAGGCUUCGCGGAACACUUCCGUACCUCCAGCCCCCCCAAGAUCCGUCUCUGCGUCCAUUGCCUCCAAGCCGUUUUCCAGUUCAAGCCGCCGCAAAGGGUGGAGGCGCGGACCCACCUGCAGCUCGGGUCGGUGCUGUACCACCACACGAAGAACAGCGAGCUCGCCAGGAAUCACUUGGAGAAAGCGUGGUUGGUAUCUCAGCAAAUCCCUCAAUUUGAAGAUGUUAAAUUUGAAGCUGCCAGUCUUUUAUCAGAGCUGUAUUGCCAACAGAAUUUGGUUGAUUCAGCAAAGCCCCUUCUGCGCAAGGCAAUCCAGAUCUCACAACAAACCCCAUACUGGCACUGUCGGCUCCUGUUUCAACUUGCGCAACUGCACACGCUGGAGAAGGACCUUGUGUCAGCGUGCGAUCUUCUGGGAGUGGGAGCAGAAUAUGCCAGGGUAGUGGGAUCGGAGUACACCAGAGCGGACAGGAGCAUUUUGUUGUUGAGAGCACUGUUUCUCUUGAGUAAAGGAAUGUUGCUGCUGAUGGAGCGGAAGCUGCAGGAGGUGCACCCCUUGCUGACGCUAUGCGGUCAGAUCGUGGAGAACUGGCAGGGAAACCCCAUCCAGAAGGAGUCUCUGCGAGUCUUCUUCCUGGUGCUGCAGGUCACGCACUACCUAGACGCUGGGCAGGUUAAAAGUGUGAAGCCAUGCUUGAAGCAGCUGCAGCAGUGCAUCCAGACCAUCUCCACGCUCCACGAUGACGAGAUUCUGCCCAGCAACCCUGCCGAUCUCUUCCACUGGCUGCCAAAGGAGCACAUGUGCGUGCUCGUCUAUCUGGUGACGGUUAUGCAUUCCAUGCAAGCUGGCUAUUUGGAGAAGGCUCAGAAAUACACUGACAAAGCACUCAUGCAGUUAGAAAAAUUAAAAAUGCUCGACUGCAGCCCGAUCCUGUCCUCGUUCCAGGUAAUACUGCUGGAGCACAUCAUCAUGUGUCGCCUCGUCACCGGACACAAAGCCACCGCACUGCAGGAGAUAUCUCAGGUGUGCCAGUUGUGCCAGCAGUCCCCCAGGUUAUUCUCCAAUCACGCUGCUCAGCUCCACACUUUGCUAGGUCUUUAUUGCAUUUCAGUAAAUUGCAUGGAUAACGCAGAGGCACAGUUCACGACAGCACUGCGGCUGACCACGCAUCAGGAAUUGUGGACGUUUAUUGUGACCAACCUGGCCAGUGUCUACAUCAGAGAAGGAAACCGGCAGCAGGAGCUGUUUAGUCUGUUGGAGAGGAUAAAUCCUGAUCACAAUUUCCCUGUAAGUUCCCACUGUUUACGCGCCGCUGCUUUCUACAUCAGAGGGCUCUUCUCCUUUUUCCAAGGACGCUACAACGAAGCGAAGAAAUUCUUGCGGGAGACACUGAAAAUGUCCAACGCAGAAGACCUGAAUCGAUUGACGGCCUGUUCGCUUGUUCUGCUCGGACACAUAUUCUACGUUCUGGGAAACCACAGGGAGAGCAAUAACAUGGUUGUACCAGCCAUGCAACUGGCCAGCAAGAUCCCAGACAUGUCUGUCCAGCUCUGGUCAUCUGCUUUGCUGAAAGAUCUGAACAAGGCGUGUGGGAAUACGAUGGACGCUCAUGAAGCUGCUCAGAUGCACCAGAAUUUCUCCCAGCAGCUCCUCCAGGACCACAUCGCAGCCUGCAGCCUUCCUGAGCACAACCUCAUCACUUGGACAGAUGGACCCCCUCCAGUGCAGUUCCAAGCCCAAAACGGACCGACCACCAGCCUGGCCAGCCUGCUGUGAGAGGCUGCACACUUCAGGGAGACAUCGCGGGGGUAGGGGGUGGUGAGCACAUGUGGAGCCCAGAGGAAACAAAGCAGGAGCACUAUACUGCCAUUGACCUACAGUAUUGUAUCUAGAUCUUUUUUUAGAUAUUAUUAACUUAUGGUUCUUUCUGUGGUAGCAGAGGCUGUAUGGACCUCCCUACAGGAAAGGCUUUUUAUGUUGGACAAGCCUGCGCCUGUUCUUGAGACACGGCUGUGGACAAAGCGUUGCACAGAGUCAUCCGGACAGAAUGUAGAGAAACAGUUGUAAGAAACACCAGCCAAAUGUUGCGCUGUGCAAGAAGGAUAGGGUUGGUGUAAAACACUAUACCACGGGACAGACCAAAACCGGGGCUGACAGGAAAGCCAUCGUCCACCACUGUGCUCAUUUUUUGUUUGUUUGGGUUUUUUAUGUCAUGGUGGAAAAUUUCAGCAUGCUUUCAAAGUUGUAGACUGGAGACGAUAGAAGCUGGAUAACUUUCCAGAAGCUGUGGGUCACAGUCCAGUGUGUGUUUGUGUGUCACCCUUCUGAAUCGAUGGGAGACUUUCCAUUCAGCAAGCGGUUUUAAUAUUUUUUUUUAAAAAACAGUUUUAAUGCCGCAGUAUUUCAAUAAACAACCACAUUUCACUUCAUCCCUGCACAUUGAGGAAUGUUGAUUAUUUAUUAAAAAAAAAAAAAAAAACAGAUCUCUCCACUGUUCCUACGAUAUUUGCAGCCAGCUAGGUAGCUGGUUCUUUCUGCUAUAAAUACACUUGGGCUAAUCUUAUGUUGCAUAUACAGUAUCUGUGGUGUGCAAUUAGAAUAUAAGAGCAGCUUCUGAAUUCAAAGGUAAUUCAUAAAGGUAAGCGGACAUUAAAAACAACAACAAACUCUAAGAAAAUAAAAGUUGAAGGUGGCUCCUCUUUUAAUGUCACAAUCAAACCUAUACAGUUUAAAAGCCAAUUUUCUAUUUCCUAUGGUGAAUGAAUCUUUGUAAGCUGGAACUCUGUUUCCUCUUAAACCCUGCACUGUACUGGAGAUUCAGCGUACUUUUAUCUUUUCAGUAACGGGUCUAACAUUUAAAGUCACAGUAGAAAGGGCCUUUCAACUGUACCCCAGAGAAUCUUUCAGCAACUGUAGUUGCAUAUCACCCCAGCAGGUGUCACUGUUGAGCGGUUUUUUAAAGCUCCCAACAGCUAGGCAGAUUUUAAUAUACAAACAAAAAAUCUAUUAAUGUUUUGUGUAACCUGUUUUUAUUUUUUUUUUGGUCUCCUAUUAAUUGUCUUCUAACCUAGUACCUUCUCUUCCCUUUGCCAUUUCCCCCCUACACUCUCUACUCUUGUAUGAUACAUUUCACCAUGCAGGUUCAUAUUUUAUUAGCUGUACAGAUCAUGUAAUUACAACUUUUUUUUUUUUUGGUUCUAGUAAAUAAACCUAAGUGUUGCUUAACUGCAGUUCGAGGGGAAAAAAAAUUGUAAAGUUUGAAUAUUUGUAUACCACCCUUAACAAUAUUCUAUUGACCUUUUUAUGUUAUUUUCCAAAUAUUGAAUAUUUAGUUUGUACAAAGAUUGCAAAAGAUGUUUGAAAACAUUGUGAACCAUCAUAGAUUUUUUUCUGUCUUAGACGUACAUUUGUUGUAUAGUAACAUUUGCUAUGAUAAAGAAUUAAACUUUU